UGAAAUGAACGACUCAGUCAAUGGAGGCGGCAGACCGUUCAUCAGUUCCUGAUGCGUGCAUGUCGUUUAUCAGGAUUAUGUAAGGCAUUUCUAAGUGACUCGCCAUCAAAUUCCAUGCUUGUUUGUCUCGUUUGUAUGGAAGCGUAGCUGAAGGAUCUGCCGUUUUCAACGUUGCGCAGUUUCAUUCGGAUGCAUUCAAGAGAAUGAAUGAGGAUGCUAUUAGAAAUUACAACUGUUCGAAUAUAAUCGGUCGCCUAUUUAAGUAGUAGCCUAUCCUAUGGAUCAGAAGUUCCGCGCUCCUCAAGUGUCAAUUAUUUAUUGGAGUUGUCACUGGACAUGUUGUUACGACUGUCUCCCAAACGCGUUGGCCCUGUAUUUACGGGAACAGCAAUAUAAAUGAAGAGGGACUGAACGUGACCGUAUUGAGCAGAGCAUUUGCGCGUCUUGGUACGCUGCGGAGUUGUGUGCCAAUACAACUGAUGCCACCUCCAGGCAUUGAAUCCAAGUAAAUCUAGGCAGGGAGACUAGAGGAAUGGCAGCGGCAAACAACGGAUCAAACACAACUAGGACCUUUACAAAUCAGUUCGUACAACCGGCUUGGCGCAUCGUGCUAUGGUCGGUCGCGUACAGCCUUGUGCUGGCCGUGGCGGUUUUUGGGAACCUGAUAGUGAUUUGGAUCGUAUUAGCGCACAAGAGGAUGCGGACCGUGACAAACUACUUUUUACUCAAUUUGGCUUUCUCUGACGCCUUAAUGGCCGCGUUCAACACGUUGAUUAAUUUCAUAUACGCUGCUCACGGCAAUUGGUACUUUGGAGAAUCCUACUGCAAGUUCCACAACUUUUUCCCGGUCACAGCAGUGUUUUCAAGCAUCUAUUCCAUGUGCGCAAUAGCAGUCGACAGGUACAUGGCCAUCAUCCACCCGCUGAAACCACGGCUGUCAGCCACAGCCACCAAGGUGGUGAUCGUGUGUAUCUGGGCGCUGGCCGUGGUGCUGGCCUUCCCCCUCUGCUUCAACUCCACCAUCCGUAUCCUGCCCCGCCGGACCAUAUGCUACGUGGCCUGGCCCCGGCCCUCGGAUGACUCCUUCAUGUAUCAUAUCAUUGUGACUGUGCUGGUGUAUGUGCUGCCCCUAGUGGUGAUGGGUAUCACCUACACCAUUGUGGGGGUGACGCUGUGGGGAGGAGAGAUCCCGGGGGAAGCAUCAGACAACUACCACAGCCAGCUCACAGCCAAGAGGAAGGUGGUGAAGAUGAUGAUCAUUGUGGUGGUGACCUUCGCCCUCUGCUGGCUGCCGUACCACGUCUACUUCAUCGUGACGGGCCUCAACAAGGCUCUGAUGAGGUGGAAGUCCAUCCAGCAGGUCUACCUGUCAGUGCUGUGGCUGGCCAUGAGCUCCACCAUGUACAACCCCAUCAUCUACUGCUGCCUCAACAGCAGGUUCCGGGCGGGCUUCAAGCGGGUGUUCUGUUGGUGCCCGUUUGUCCGGGUAUCCAGCUAUGACGAGCUGGAGCUGCGCAACAACACCACCCGCCACCGAUCUGGUCACCAGGGCAGCAUGUGCACCCUCUCCCGCGUGAACACCAGGACCAACAGCCCCAACGAUCGCCACCACAGCUUCAAAAAGGCCGUCUCCAGCUGCCAUGGCAAUGCCAGUGUUAACGGAGAUAACACUGGUAACCAUGGCAACCAACCGGGCGGCAGCCAAGUCCAACCUUUACAGUGACCCCGAGGAUAUGGCCGACGAUCAGUUCUCCUGAGAUGUUGAUGACGACCACAACCAGUUUCUAGAAUGUUCACGAGUGGUUUGGAAAGUCGUUGUCAACGUUUCGCCCUCCGAACUGUCCCUCAAACAUUCCAAGCAAGCCUUUACAUAUUUUUUUAUUUUACCAAACAUAAUUAUUUCUUGUGAGUUCGCUGCAAACGCGGUUGUUCUUUAUAAAAGUAUUUUCUGCUGGCUUGAUGCAGUGAGAAACAUUCAAUUUUUUUUCUAUUUGCUUAGCUUUCGAAAGCAUUUAUUCCUGCCUUUUCUCAUUUCCACACCCCCAUCUCAUGACACUGACUGGACAUCUGGUAGGCUGCUGUCUCAACAGGCAGAUUUGUGGGCAGAUUUGUGACAUCUGGACUAAGCAAUGAAGGCAGAGCUUACCAGUAGUUUACCAGUGUGUGUGUUUGUGCGCGCAUCUAUUUCUCUCUGGCUAUUGCCUCAGGCAGUCUCCCACUGAAAGAUUGUUAGGAGGGGUUGGUGGUUGGGCAUAUACACUACUGUUCAAACGUUUGGGGUCACUUAGAAAUGUCCUUGUUUUUGAAAGAAAAGCAACAUUUUUUGUCCAUUACAAUAACAUCAAAUUAAUCAUAAAUACAGUGUAGACAUUGUUAAUGUUGUAAAUAACUAUUGUAGCUGGAAACGGCAGAUUUUUUAUGGAAUAUCUACAUAGGCGUACAGAGGCCCAUUAUCAGCAACCAUCACUCCUGUGUUCCAAUGGCACGUUGUGUUUGCUAAUCCAAGUUCAUUAUUUUAAAAGGCUAAUUGAUCAUUAGAAAAUAAUUUUGCAAUUAUGUUAGCACAGCUGAAAAUUGUUGUGCUGAUUAAAACUUCUUAUGGCUGCAAAGUGGCUGUAAAGUGGCUGUUCCACUGGAUGUCAUAAGGGGAAUUCACCAAUUUGAAAGUCGCUCUGGAUAAGAGCGUCUGCUAAAUGACUUAAAUGUAAAUGUAAAUGUAAAAUCCCGUUAACGGGAUGACAGCCAGUGAAACUGCAGGGCGCCAAAUUCAAACAACAGAAAUCUCAUAAUUAAAAUUCCUCAAACAUACAUGUAUCUUAUACCAUUUUAAAGGUAAUCUUGUUGUUAAUCCCACCAAAGUGUCCGAUUUCAAAUAGGCUUUACGACGAAAGCACCACAAACGAUUAUGUUAGGUCACCGCAAAAUCACAGAAAAACACAGCCAUUUUUCCAGCCAAAGACAGGAGUCACAAAAAUCCGAAAUAGAGAUAAAAUGAAUCACUAACCUUUGAUGAUCUUCAUCAGAUGACACUCAAAGGACUUCAUGUUACACAAUACAUAUAUGUUUUGUUCAAUAAAGUUCACAUUUAUAUCCAAAAACCUCAGUUUACAUUGACGCCAUGUUCAGAAAUGCCUCCAAAAUAUCCGGAGAAAUUGCAAAGAGCCACGUCAAAUAACAUAAAUACUCAUCAUAAACUUUGAUGAAAGAUACAUGUUUUACAUAGAAUUAAAGAUACACUUGUUCUUAAUGCAACCGCUGUGUCAGAUUUCAAAAAGCUUUACGGCAAAAGCACAAUAUUCAAUAAUCUGAGAACAGCUUUCAGCCACAAAAGGAAGUCAUCCAAUACUAACCCGCCAAAUUGUGCAGUCAACAAAACUCAUAAAUAGUAUUAAAAUCUUCACUUACCUUUGCUGAUCUUUGUCGGAAUGCACUCCCAGGACUCCCACUUCCACAAGAAAUGUUUGUUUUGUUCGGUAAUGUGCAUCAUUUAUGUCCAAAUAGCUAUUUUUGUUAGCGUGUUUGGUAAACAAAUCCAAAGUCAGGAAGCGCGUUCACUAAAAGCAGACGAAAUGUCAAAAACUUCCGUAACAGUCAGUAGAAACAUGUCAAACAAUGUAUUGAAUCAAUCUUUAGAAUGUUUUUAACAUAAAUCUUGAACAACGUUCCAACCAGAGAAUACCAUUGACUUCAGAUGUGCGAUGGAACAGAGCUCCCUCUCAUGUGAACACGGAUUGUCAGAGCAUGGUCAGGUCAUGGUAGACCUGACUAAUUCCUGUCUCCUUCGGCCCCACUUUACAGUAGAGACAUAAGACAAGGUUCUACAGACUGUUGACAUCUAGUGGAAGCCGUAGGAAGUGCAAACAGAUCCAUAUCCCACUGUGUAUUCAAAGGGGCUGGGUUGAAAAUCGACCAACCUCAGAUUUCCCACUUCCUGUUUGGAUUUCUUCUCAGGUUUUUGCCUGCCAUAUGAGUUCUGUUAUACUCACAGACAUCAUUCAAACAGUUUUAGAAACUUCGGAGUGUUUUCUAUCCAAUACUAAUAAUAAUAUGCAUAUAUUAGCAAUUGGGACUGAAGAGCAGGCAGUUUACUAUGGGCCCCUCUGGGCACCUUUCAUCCAAGCUACUCAAUACUGCCCCUGCAGCCAUAAGAAGUUAAAGAAGCAAUCAAACUGGCCUUCUUUAGACUAGUUGAGUAUCUGGAGCAUCAGCAUUUGUGGGUUCGAUUACAUGCUCAAAAUGGCCAGAAACAAAGAACUUUCUUCUGAAACUCGUCAGUCUAUUCUUGUUCUGAGAAAUGAAAGCUAUUCCAUGUGAGAAAUUGCCAAGAAACUGAAGAUCUCGUAGAACGCUGUGUACUACUCCUUUCACAGAACAGCGCAAACUGGCCCUAACCAGAAUAGAAAGAGGAGUGGGAGGCCCCGGUGCACAACUGAGCAAGAGGACAAGUACGUUAGAGUGUCUAGUUUGAGAAACAGAUGCCUCACAAGGCAGCUUCAUUAAAUAGUACCCACAAAACACCAGUCUCAACGUCAACAGUGAAGAGGCGACUCCGGGAUGCUGGCCUUCUAGGCAGAGUUGCAAAGAAAAAGCCAUAUAUCAGAUUGGCCAAUAAAAAUGAAAGAUUAAGAUGGGAUAAAGAACACAGACGCUGGACAGAGGAAGAUUGGAAAAAUUGGGCAAAUCUAAGUUUGAGGUGUUGGGAUCACAAAGAAGAACAUUCGUGAGAUGCAGAAAAAAUGCUGGAGGAGUGCUUGACGCCAUCUGUCAAGGAUGGUGGAGGCAAUGUGAUGGUCUGGGGGUGAUUUGGUGGUGGUAAAGUGGGAGAUUUGUACAGGGUAAAAGGGAUCUUGAAGAAUGAAGGCUAUCACUCCAUUCUGCAACGCCAUGCCAUACCCUGUGGACAGUGGAGCCAAUUUCCUCCUACAACAAGACAAUGACCCAAAGCACAGCUCCAAACUAUGCAAGAAUUAUUUAGGGAAGAAGCAGUCAGCUGGUAUUCUGUCUAUAAUGGAGUGACCAGCACAGUCACCGGAUCUCAACCCUAUUGAGCUGUUGUGGGAGCAGCUUGACCGUAUGAUACGUAAGAAGUGCCCAUCAAGCCAAUCCAACUUGUGGGAGGUGCUUCAGGAAGCAUAGGAGGAAAUCUCUUCAGAUUACCUCAACAAAUUGACAACUAGAAUGCCAAAAGUCUGCAAGGCUGUAAUUGCUGCAAAUGGAGGAUUCUUUGAUGUAAGCAAAGUUUGAAGGACACAAUUAUUAUUUCAAUUAAAAAUCAUUAUUUAUAACCUCGUCAACGUCUUGACUAUAUUUCCUAUUCAUUUUGCAACUCAUUUCAUGUAUGUUUUCAUGGGAAACAAGGACAUUUCUAAGUGACCCCAAACUUUUGAACCGUAGUGUAUAUAACACAAAAUAUUGAAAAGGGAAGAUUGUUUAUUAAUGUGUCUUUCUGUACCAUAAUCAUACAUCCUUUAUCAGCUUGUCGUCAGUUCAGCAGACUGAUACCACACAGAUGGAAACAGCUGUGAACUGUAUGUCCUGCUUUUAUAUUGUUUUUAGAGAGAGAGAGAGAGGCACCUGGGGAAAUAUAGAGUAUUCCAUGUUACUCUGUCAGCCUGCAAUUUCCUGAGUAUAAAUGAGAAUGAUAGAUAGCAUGUUCCAUUUUGUUAUUGAAAUUUGAUUCAUAAGCUGCUUUUAUCAUUAUACGAAUUGUACAGUGCCUUUUCUUUUUUAAAUGUAUGAGACAUAUGUCAUAUGUAAGCGAGGAUUGUUUCAUGCUUUUGUGAUAUACCGUGGUGUAUACUUACUGUGGUUAAGGCAAUUUUUAGCACAUUAAAUCACUGAGGGAUAAACGCAGACACACACUCAGACAUUCACAGACACACAUGCACGCACACAUACACACACACACACUUAGCCAUCAACAUGGAAGUAUUUCAUGAGAACGUACUGUGAAUACUGUGCACUGUGUACUAAAACUAAUCAUCAUGGGAAAUAGUGCAGUAUUAAAACACAAAACACAAACACAAGAGAGUUUGAUAAAAAUCCACCCAUCCAUCUCUCUGAUUCCAUGAAGACAUUUAAUCCAGAGCUCUGGGCUCUUACAUAAACAUGCCAGUACCCGCUCUCCCUCUCUCUGAUAAGCAUCUCAUCACCUUAUAACACACACACACACACACACUCACAUGCACACGCAAGCGGUCGCAUGCACACACUCGCAUGGGCAAGCGCACACACCCACGCGUGGGUUACACACACACACUAAUCCCAGUGAAAGUAUACUGCAGUUAUUUAUUGUGUAGUGGGAUUAUCACUGUAAUGUCAAUUAGCAAUAUAGGUCCUUCUAGCGUAGUACUACAAAAUACUGUUAAGUUAUUGGUCAUGCAUAACCUGCAGUGUUACGUAUUAAAGGUUGACCGGUUAUGAUUGCAGAGUCUGACAGAAAAAGUACUAGUCAAGUCAUAUAUACUGUAUACUGUACAGGAGUUUGGUGGCAUCUUAAUUGGGGAGGAUGGGCUCGUGGUAAUGGCUGGAGAGGAAUAAGUGAAAUGGCAUCAAAUACAUCAAACACAUGCCAUUUUAUUCACUCUGUUCCAGCUAUUAGUAUGAGCCUUCUUCCCCUCAGCAGCCUCCACUGAUACACUGCUUACACCAAAUAUUAGGCUCACCUACCAAAUGCUGAGUUGAACCCAAUAAAAGGCCACAAUAAAAUAUGCAGUUUUGUCACAUCACACAAAGUUUUGAGGGAGCGUGCAAUUGGCUUGCUGACUGCAAGAAUGUCCACUAGAGGUAUUGACAGAUAAUUCAAUGUUCCAAUCUCUACCAAAAGCCACCUUCAAGGUCAUUUUAUAGAAUUUGGCCGUACGUCCAACCGGCCUCACAAUCGCAGACCACAUGUAUGGCGUUGUGUGGGCGAGCGGUUUGCUGACAUCCGCCACCAUCACCUCAUGUUUCCACAUGAUAAUGCACAGCCCCAUGUCGCAAGGCUCUAUACACAAUUCCUGGAAGCUGAAAAUGUUCUAGUUGUUCCAUGGCCUGCAUACUCACCAUACAUGUCACCCAUUGAGGAUGUUUGGCAUGCUCUGGAUCGACGUGUACGACAGAGUGUUCCAGUUCCCGCCAAUAUUCAAAUAUUUCGCACAGCCAUCGGAGAGGAGCGGGACAACAUUCCACAGGCCACAAUCAACAGCCUGAUUAACUCUAUGUGAAAAAGAUAUGAGAAUGAGAUGCGCUGCAUGAGGCAAAUGGUGGACGCAUCAGAUAAUGACUGGUUUUCUGAUCCAAGCCCCUACUUUUUUUUGUACACUAUAUUUUACACAAAACAUUCAAAUUAGUGGAUUCGGCUAUGUCAGCCACACCCGUUGCUGCAAUCUCCAUAGUGAAACAUUGGCAGUAGAAUGGCCUUACUGAAGAGCUCAGUGACUUUCAACGUGGCACAGUCAUAGGAUUCCAACAAGUCAGUUCGUCAAAUUUUUGCCCUGCUAGAGCUGCCCCGGUCAACUUUAAGGGCUGUUAUUGUGAAGUGGAAAGUUAUAGGAGCAACAACGGCUCAGCUGCGAAGUGGUAAGCCACACAAGCUCACAGAACAGGACCGCAGAGUGCUGAAGAGCGUAGCGCGUAAAACUGCUCUGUCCUCAGUUGCAAUACCCACUACCAAGUUUCAAAACCAUGAAAUGGGUUUCCAUGGCUGAGCAGCCACACACAAGCCUAAGAUCCUCAUGCGCAAUGCCAAGCGUCGGCUGGAGUGGUGUAAAGCUCGCCGCCAUUGGACUCUGGAACAGUGGAAACGUUCUCUGGAGUGAUCAAUCACGCUACACCAUCUGGCAGUCCGGCGGAUGAAUCUGGGUUUGGCGGAUGCCAGGAGAACGCUGCCUGCCGCAAUGCAAAGUUUGGUGAAGGAGGAAUAAUGGUCUGGGGCUGUUUUACAUGCUUCGGGCUAGGCACUUUAGUUCCAGUGAAGGAAAAUCUUAACGCUACAGCACACAAUGACAUUGUAGAUGAUUCCGUGCUUCCAACUUUGUGGCAACAGUUUGUGGAAGGCACUUUCCUGUUUCAGUAUGACAAUGCCCCUGUGCAUAAAGUGAGGUCCAUACAGAUUUUUUUUUUUUUUUUACUUUUACCCCUUUUUCUCCCCAAUUUGUUGGUAUCCAAUUGGUAGUUACAGUCUUGUCUCAUCGCUGCAACACCCGUACGGACUCGGGAGAGGCAAAGGUUUUGGUCAAGGUCAUGAUUUUGGAAUGAGAUGCUCAACAAGCAAUAUAGAUAUGAAGGUUCUUUCUCCAUCUUCCUCACCUUCCUGUCUCUGACUCUCUCUCUCUCUCUCUGCACGUAUAAUUGUUGAGUAAUGCUACAAAAAAUAUAAUUUAAAUUUUCAUGUAUUUGCCAAAACGUAACAUCUGUAAAUACUUUAUUUUCAAGGUUAUUUGAAAAGAAAAUAUGUUUACCUCCAUUAUAGUGAAUAUUUUAGGUUCAGCUACUGUAAUGUAUUGUCAGACAUGUUCAGGUUUAUGUUGUGCAGCUUUGAUGGGUGCAAAGUUCAGUCACAUAGUGUUUACUGGCUUUUUAAGGCAGUGUGCAUAUUGCAAUGUUUAGAUUUAUUUAAAAAGAGGCUCACUUAUAGCAAAAUCAACAGCAUCUGGAUAAUAUUGUAUUUUCUCAAAAUUGUCAUUUAGUACCAAUCAAUGUAUUUUCCAUACACAUACACUUGAUGUAAAACUCAUGCUAGCUUGCAUAUUCAUGAAUGUACCCAAGUAUAUAAAUUGUGCAAAUAAUUGUUAAAACUGCAAUUUUUCAAUUACAGAAUGACUCGUCUAUCUAUUCUGGCUACUGUGUGAGUAUGCAUUGAUUGAAUAAAGGUGUUUGUUGUCCAAUGCUUGUGAUUUAACACCAUCUUCAAUCCCUACCUUAAACAGUUGCACUUCCUCAUUUUUCAGGUGUUCAUCGUUCACUUGAUUUAUUCACUGUUCAAGAAAAGACAGGAACGUGGGUGAUGUAGUUUCUCCAAACUGCUCCAAAUGACAUAUGAGAUCUGCUUCGAGAAGCUCUUAAGUGCAAAGGCAAGGCUACUGUAUUUCAACACAAUGUCACACCCCGGUCUAUACAGUAGAUAAUCAUUGCUCAUGCUCUAGUGGCCCUCAAAACGCUCUCCCCCAUAAUCAUUGCUCACGCUAUAGUGGCCCUCAACAAGCUCUCCCCUACACGAAUUAACCACUAGAGAGCGUCAGUGUGUCAUCCAUGAUUACAGCCUGAUGUUGGGUAUUGUAAGGACAGACGCUGGAGACGAGAAGCAAGUACAGGGAGUGAACAUUUACCGAAACACGGACAGGAACAGAAUAUUGACAGCGUCUGGACAGGGGAAAACAUAAUGAGAAUAAUGCUGACACGGGGAUGAAACAGAAGAAACAGACAGAUAUAGGGAAGGCAAUCAAAACGUGAAGUAGUCCAGGUGAGUCCAAUGAGCGCAGAUGCGCGUAAUGCUGGUGACAGGUGUGCGUAAUGUAGGUCAGGUUGGCGCCCUCGAGUGCCAGAGAGGGGAAGCGGGAGCAGGCGUGACAGGUAUACUUAUAUGUAAAUGGGGUGGAAAAAUUCCUUCUUUUGUACAAUUUUAUAAAUCCCUCAAACUUGUGAAACUUAAAAAGUUGGAAAAAUUAUUAGAAGUCAUGUCUCUGAAUGUCUCAUUGCCUUGUCACAUAAAUGAUGUCCUCAAUUAUUCUUUUUUUGGAGGGAGGA